AUGAGUUUCUUGGCCAAACUUGCACAGCUCAAAAGGUCUAGUGAGCAAUUACAAGGCUCAAAAUCCGCCAAGGACUCAUCAAAUGGCGUAGCAAAGAAAAAUGGUACAUCGCAGAUGCGAUCACUGAGUAACGAAGCUCCUUUGCUACCUUCAAACUACGUAAGACAAGAGGAUCCCGCGGUCAAGAGGCUGAAAGAGCUGCGACGGAAAGAAAAGGUCAAAAUAGCUGUCAAAUCUGGCAAAAAAAUACCGGCGCCGUCGUCCGAGAGGAAGAAGAAGGAAGGACCCAGUAUGAUGAACACAGACACAAAGUUUCGCAGGAAAGUUGGAGACUACUCCAAUGGAAGUGUCAAGCCUGUACAACCUAUUCAGCGUGCUCCAAUGAAAAAAUUGAGCUUUGAAGAACUAAUGAAACAAGCAGACGAAGGUGCCAAAUCGUUAAUAGAGCCUAGUGCUACGGCUCACAAUGUGUCAUCCGGUAAAGAGAAGUCAAAAGUGAGAGCAGUUCAGCUUGAAAAGCCGAAGAGAGACAGUUCUGUCAAGAAGAAAAUUAGCAUGCCGCCACGGCCUCACGAAGGCAAGAAGAAAACAAUACCAAAAACACGCCAAAUCUCAGUGCCUGCACCCUCCAUUGCACAGCCUAACGCCAAGUUGCGGAAGAAGCUGGACUUGAUGAGGAAGACUAAGCAAGUUAAGAAUGAUUAUUCUGACGAGGAAAAUGACAUGGACGAUUUUAUAGAGGACGAUGAAAAAGAGGCAGAGUAUAAUCGUGAUGAAAUCUGGGCUAUAUUCAAUAAAGGCAGAAAGAGAAGAGAUUUUGAGAGCGAUGAUGAGUCGGACAUGGAGGCCAACGAAAUGGAAAUUUUAGAAGAAGAAGAACAAGCAUCCAAACUGGCCAGACUUGAGGACAAGAAAGAAGAGCAAUGGCUGAAAAGACAUGAGGAAAAGAAAAGGAGGAAGUUUGGUCGGUCUUAA